AUGACAAUAGUAAUAGCAGUAGCAAUAGCAGUGGCAAUAGCAGUAGCAAUAGCAGUAGCAAUAGCAGUAGCAAUAGCAGUAACAAUAGCAGUAGCAAUAGCUGUAGCAAUAGCAGUAGCAAUGGCAGUAGCAAUAGCAAUAGCAAUACAGACAAAUAACAGUGACAAUAACAGUGACAAUAACAAGGACAAUAGCAAUAACAAUAGCAAUAACAAUAGCAACAACAAUAGCAAUAACAAUAGCAAUAACAAUAGCAAUGACAAUAACAAUGACAAUGGCAAUAGCAAUGACGGAAAAAAUGACAAUAACAAUAGCAAUGACAGCAAAAAUGACAACAUUAACAAUAGCAGUGACAACAAAAAUGACAUCGACAAUAACAAUAGCAAUGACAACAACAAUAAUACAGCGUUAACUUUAUCACCCAAACGACAGUACACUUUAGAACAACAGGGUCCUAACGACGUGACAAUAACAGUCGGCAAUGGUUCGAACCUCUUCGACUACAAUCUCGUUCAAUCACCGUAA